AUGCCGCUGCUCACUCGACGAGAAAUAACCCUCCUACUCUUUGCACUCACCGUCUUUCUUGUCGCAUACAAUUUCGAAUCGUCGGUCCCAACUCUCAGUCUUGCACGCUCGGCAAUCAACGAUCUCUCUGCAUCAGCUCUCCUCAACGUUCAAAACGUUUUUCGCGAGGAUGGCAGGCGGUCGUCAAAGUUUGCUGAUGACCUAGAGGUUGCUGUUCUGGGUGACUGGGAGAUAGAAAGUAGGAAGCAAUAUGAUCUUGGGCCGGGAGGUGUAACAGAAGACCAACAUCAUUUAUACUGGGGUAACGGGAAUAUUCCUUCGACGAACUUGGUUGCACAUGUACCAGGAUAUACUAUUCUUGACAAUGUUCUGCUCCUCAACGGAACUCUAUAUCUUGUAUCCGAUCGGACUUCUCAGUCAUUCCCAACUGUUGCAGCGAUGUUGUCGACUAAUCUCGGUAUAUCCGAUCCACCUGUUCUGCAGGAUCUCAGAAUCGUAACGAGACGUCAGGCUAUUGAUAUUUUAGGCUACGACGCACACAGGUACUUUGACGUUGCAAGUUCACAAGAGCUUGAUAUGGAUGCUCAACUGUUACUAGACAACCAAACAUUCCUCGCCCUACACCGAGCAUACGCCACUCUCGCAGAAUCAGACACCACCUCACCACCACUCGUCCCACCAUCACUCUCACUCUUCCCCAAUGCAAAGCGUACCGAAAUCGACGAAUCUGGAUACUCACUCCGACUCGCACGGCUAGCAUUCCCCUUCAUGGGACAUCUCUUCGCAGAAGAUUGGAUAGAUUACGAACGUUCGAACCGGCCCGUGAUUUUUGAUCGUAUCCUGCUUGCGGAUCGGGCGGCGGCGGAACAUGCCGCUCAGGCAUUUGAUUUUGGUACGGAGGUUAUUGUUUCUCCGCAUUUGGACAGGGAUAGGGAGGAGGAAGUAAAUCGUGAAUUAACGAAAGGAAAUAAGAAGGGAGUAAGGAUAUCAGGAAUGACGAUUGAGGCUACGGAUAAAAGGUUAUCGUUCGCGCCUGCUUUCGCGUUGCCUGCGCGGGAAGACUGGGCAGCACCGAUUCGUGAAGCUGCUUUGUCUUUACCUUCACCGAAAGUGGGAAGUGAGAAACGCCGUGCCGUAACGUAUGUGUCGACGCAAGGCCGUCGGAUGGGUCCGAGGUUGAGAAACGACGACCAUGAUGCGCUUGUACGCGAGCUGAAGAAACUCGGUUCGUCGCAGAAGUGGGACGUGCAUAUUAUCGAGAUCGGUGGUGAUGGCGGUGAGCCUACUCCGUGGGUGGAGCAUAUACGUGCAGCAGCACAAUCUUCGAUCAUGCUUGGCGUGUACGGCGACUCUUUAACAAACAGUAUCUUACUCCGACCCGGUCCACCUACACCUGCCGUAAUCGAGUUCUUCCCUGACGGUCGGUACACGAACGAACACGAGUUUGUCACUCGAGCACUUGGGAUACAUUACGUUGCUUGGAGAAACACAAAAAAAUUCUCUCGAGGCUCACUCCCACCCAUCUCCCCACCAACGACAGCAGAUAGUCGAGUAUUGAGUAUCGACGUAUCUGCUGUGAUCUCGUACGUCAAGGAACAGAUGAAACGCUCAUAA